AUGAAUAAACAACAAUUCCAAGGCCACGCCUCUAGCAAUAUCUCUGGCCCCGGCCCUACCUUUACUCGCCCUCCUCCCACAUCCCCAAAGGCCAUAUCCAGGUCUAACCGGAACCCCUCCAUCAACGGCACCGGCACCAACAUCACCACCGACUUUAAUACCCCUCCGGUCUUCAGCCACCCGCCCCCCGCCGCUCCAAGGGCCAUGUUAAACCUCCGUCGAGAUCCCCCCAUUGCCCCGCUCCACACCAAGAUCACCAUCCUGAAGGACGCCCUCUUGCAAGAACAAAGGUGCCUGAGAAUCCUCAAGAGCAAUAUUCGUCGAUUGCCACCCUGGAUCCUUCGGCGCAAGGAAGAAGAGUGUCUCGGCCGUAUCGACCGCGACGAGGCCAAGUUGAGGGGUUUGGAGUCUGAGGCCAUCCACAACACUAGACAGGGCGGUGCUGCGAGCUCCCACGAUGGUAAUUUCGAGGGCGAUUCCGGAUGGGUAGGCCGUCGCGUUAUGACUGAGAGGCUUCGGUCUCUGGGCCCGCGUGUUGAGGAAGAGCAAGAGGAGAAGACCGCUGAGAUGGAUAGAAAGUACAGCCGGGUGCUCCGUAGGAUGGAGAGGUGGGACACGAAGUGGGAGAGGGAGGACAGGAAGGAGAGAAGGCGUCAAGAGGCUGAGAGGGAGUUCUUCAGGAGAUUUGAGUAUUGA